GCAAACUCUCAAAGUUUUUUUAAGGCUAAGUUGCAGUUUACAAAACGAAAGCAAAAUGUUCGAAUAUCCAUCAAUACUCAAAGUAUCAAGAUAGCGUGGCACCAUAAGACUCGUUGUUACCUCACAUGUAAAGUGAAAUUAUCUUCAAUUUUAUUUAUUUAUUUGGUUGCCAAAGCCUUAAUCCGCUAACCUUUUCUCCCAAGAAUUAUUAACUCUCAAAGCACUAAUCACCGUCUAAAUCAUGCUGUCUCCUGAUUAUUAUUGAUCAUGUUAUUGGUACCGAUUUGGUUUCUAGUCCAUUUAAUAAACUAUACGUCUCUAAAAGAUUCCACUUUAUACAGUACUCUAAGCAAACUUUAAUUCUUCUUUUCCCUUUCUUCAACUUUGUCUAUGACUCUAUAGCUUCAAGACCCCGGUGAACCUUUUCCUUCAAUCUUUCUCUCUUUUUCUCUUUAUUGGGUUACCAUAGUGUCAAAUUUUGGAGAAUUUGAAGCUGCUUGAUUUCUAUAAUCUUGGUGUUUCUUCAUCUGGGUUUUUUUUCAUGGAGACCCUACUUAAUUUCACUCCAGCCUUCCCAAUAUUCUUUUUGAUGUUUCUCUUGGCGUAUCUCUUUGCUUUCUUGGUAGUUUUUCGCAACUGGAGUCCAAAGCAAAAACCAGAAGCUUCAAGCUGCCUUAUGUCUUUAACUCAUGGCACUCCUGCUGUUAUCAUGGCUACUCGUGCGUUGAUGAACUCCCCAACCCCACUUAGUUUUGCUUCUCCAAACGCUAGUUUUCAGAACUUUGUACUAGAAUUCAGUAUAGCUUACUUCUUAAUGGACCUCCUUCACUACAUGGUGUUCGUCCCCAAUGAUCUCCUCUUCAUUGGGCACCAUUUAGCCACACUAUAUGUGUUUGUGACUUGUCGGUAUGUGGUUCAUCACGGGGCGGUCGCAAUUCUUGUUCUUCUUUUUCUUGCUGAGGUUACAAGUGCUUGCCAGAACGUUCGGAGCCUUGCGAAUUUGCGGAGAGCUGAUGUUCCUCUGGCUGCUAAAGUGUAUGAAUUCUUGUCUCCUCCUUUCUAUGUCUUUUAUUCUGUUGCAAGAGGGGUUUUGGGAACACUCGUAGUGUACAAGAUAGGGGUGUUUUAUGCGAGUGGAGGAGCUAAUAAUUUGAUUCCAAGAUGGGCAUGGAUUUCUUGGAUGGUUGUAAUUGUUGUUGCUGUCAUGAUUAGCAUUUUGUGGGUUUCGAAUCUAUGGAUAUUUUGGUUUAGACAACGCAGUCACAGAGCACAGAAGAAAGUCAAGUAAUAUCUGGGGGUUUUAGUUUGCGCUAUUCAACAGUUCUUGAGAAAUGUGCAUUGGGAUUAUGGAAUUUAAAGAAAUUUCUCAGAUGAUAGUCUGGAAUUAGGGGGUUUGUGGUCAUAUUGAUUUUUAUUGUAGUGGUGGGAAGGAACAAUUCUCAUUUAUUAUUAUUAUUUUUUUACUACAAGGGAUGGUACAUAUAUUUUGUAUAUAAUCCUGUGUCCUCAGUAUUUAAUUUGUGUUCCUGAUCAGGAACGAGUUUUCCAUAUACUUGUGUGAUUAAUACUAUGAUGCAGAAUUGCUGAUC